AUGAUCACUGCGCCCGCCGCGCAUCUAUUCCAACACACCCCCAUGCACCAAACCAAAACUGUAGCACCUCCAAUCCAAGCCAAGCAAGAAAUACAAGACAAACCCGAACUUGAGGACAAUAGUGAUUCUGAUAAGGAGGGACCCGAUUCAGAUGAUGACCUAUUUGAUGGUGCAAUCAAGAAGGUCAAAGGCUUGCAGGGCAAGAUGGCCGCUCAAAAAGACAGGAUUCACACUGUGAUUAUUUUGUAG